UUUGCUGUUAACUAAAUUUCAACCUUCUCCACCAUUGUACAUAAAAUGCAAGUUUUCCCACUAUAUUAUUUGGAUGUUCCUAUUAGGGCUGCGUUUUUGUUGUUGUUGUUCUUCACCAAACUUUGACAGAAGAAGAAUAUUUCUAAAGUCAGAGGGAGAACAAAAACACAAGGGUAUUCUAUGAGAAACUAUGGCUACUGGAAGAAAAGAGGAGUUAAGGAAGUUCAAGAUAAAUUUCCUUUCCAGAAUAUCUUUCAGUCAUUGAAAACGCCUCUUCAUCUACUGCUGGAAGAAAGAUAUAGAUCUUUUGGGAAAUUAUACGGAGUGUACGAGGGCACAAAGCCAAUACUGGUGGUGGCUGAACCAGAGCUAAUAAAACUGAUAACUGUUAAAGAUUUCCAUGUAUUCUCCGAUCGACGAGUCUUGAAACUUGGAGAUUCUACUCUGGACAAAAUGCUGUCCGUUCAAAGCGGAGAAGAGUGGAAACAAACCAGGAGUAUCAUAUCACCAACCUUUAGCAGCGGUAAGAUGAAAAAGAUGGCGUUUCUAAUAAAGGAUACAAUCGAGAGUUUGAUACAGAAUCUUGAGGAAGCAGCAGACAAGAAGGAAGUUAUUGAUUGUAAAAAGUUUUUUGGGGCUUUCACUAUGGACACCAUAGCAACUUGUGCUUUUGGAACGCGGGUGGAUUCACAUAAAGAUCCGAACAAUCCUUUUGUGAAGAACGCUCGGGCACUCUUCAACACCAAUCUGAAACUAAAGCAAAUUUUUACAUUAAUUUGUCCCACUCUAGCCGGAAUCCUUGGAAUUCGAUUUAUCUCAAGCAAUAUUGUCAACUUCUUUCAAAGUAUCACAAAUCAACUUGUCGAACACAGGCAGAAAAAUAAAGAGAGAAGAAACGACUUCUUGCAACUUCUUUUGGAUGCACACCAUUCCGUUCAAGAAGAUGACGAACAAAGCCAAGAAACGAACUCAAUGGAUAGUGCGCAUGGGCAUGAAGAUGAGGGGAAGGCCCCUGCCUGGAAACCAACAAUGCGCAACGCUUGGACCCACGAAGACGUUGUGGCCAACAGUUUUCUGUUCUUCCUGGUCGGCUAUGACACAACAGCCAGUGCUUUAUCUUAUGCAGCGUACAGUUUAGCUCUGAACCCUGACUGCCAGGAGAAACUAAUUCAAGAGAUCGAUGGAGUAUGGAAAGAACAUGGUGGAAUUAACUACGAGCAAAUUGGCAAGAUGGUCUACCUGGACUGUGUUGUAUCAGAAACCUUGAGACUGUUCAGUAUAGCUCUGUUGAUGGAAAGGGUAGCUAACGAGGAUUACGAGUUGGGGGAUACGGGUAUUAAAAUAUCUAAAGGAACACUUAUUCAGAUUCCCGUCUACGCCAUCCACCACGAUCCUGAUUAUUAUCCACAACCAGAUGUGUUUGACCCAGAAAGAUUCCUCCCAGAAAAAAAGAAAGACCGACAUCCCUACUCUUACAUCCCGUUUGGAGCUGGGCCCAGAAACUGUGUGGGGAUGAGAUUUGCCCUGAUGGAAGCCAAACUUUGUCUCGCCCAAAUUUUGAGAACCUUCCGCUUCCGCGCAUGUGCAGAAACGAGGGAAAAGCUAGAUUUUUACAUCGGUCAAGGACUUUUGCAAGCUAAAAAGGUGCCUCUACAAGUGGAGAAACGAGCGGAUGUUUGAUCGUUGAGAGCAAUUAUAAAGCUGUUUCUGAAGUGUACUGAUAAUAAGAUCUUUUUAAGUUGUUUAUGUACGUGUGGUUAGAUAUAACCUGGUUUCUAUUACUCAGAAAUCUAUACAGUAUAAUUUCCUUAAUUCUUUGUGCAAAUACAAUGUUGUAAGUCAUUUACCUUUAAAAACAUAAAUUAUAUAUAAACAUGUAUGUAGUAAAGUUAUAACUUUACAAACCAACUUUCUGAAUUAUAUACAUCCUUUUAUUAAAAGAAA